CUGUCUGUAUCUAUCUCUUUCUCUCUCUCUCUCUACAUAUACAUACAAAACAAAAACACCACAUCUCUCUACAUCCCACCACACAAAAAUAUCAAGAAAAGAAAAAUCUCUCAAUUACUUCAAUCAACCCAUCAUAAACUUUUCUUGUGUCAAUCAAUCACUUCUUUUCCACUUUUUUUUUUUUUCCUUAGAGAAAGAGAGAGGAAAUUUAGUGUUUAAAGACAUGGAGAAACAAGGUAAAGACCAAGAUAUGUCAAGCCAUGUUUACAACAGCCAAAACAGUUCAACAGAUAAUGAAGAAGUUUUAAGUGAUCUUAGAAGAGGGCCAUGGACUGUUGAAGAGGAUUUCACCCUCAUCAACUACAUAGCUCAUCAUGGUGAAGGCCGCUGGAAUUCUCUUGCUCGCUGUUCUGGUCUAAAGAGAACCGGAAAAAGCUGCCGGUUACGAUGGCUGAACUAUCUCCGGCCAGACGUCCGGCGUGGGAACAUAACUCUCGAAGAACAACUCAUGAUUCUCGAACUCCAUUCCCGAUGGGGCAAUCGGUACGUUAAUUUCUAA